AUGGCUGAAAUAUUGAAAGAGUGGUUAACUGAAAGAUUACAGCGUCCAAUAUCAUGGGAAGCCGACGAAUUUGGAGACAUGAUGAAAAAUGGUUAUGUGAUUGCUGGUGUUCUGAACAGCUAUAACGUAAUAAACGAUGAAAAGCAUUUCUUAAUAAGAGCUAGUUGUGCACAAGAAGAUAUUAAAAGCAAUUGGAAAUAUUUAUCAGAAUGGUUAUCGGACUUAGAAGUAUACUUGAGUGCUACCGAUCUAGAAAACAUAAUGGAUGGCAAGGGUUCUGCGAUACUUCGUCUUUUUUACAAAAUGUUUCUUCACUUGGAUAAAAGAGAUCGAACGAACUUUAUUAAACGAGAAAGAAAGAUGGUCUCUGGUUUGAUAGAGAAAAUGGGACACAGGUUUAAAGUAGAUAACAUACCUGAAGAAGAAGAGUCGGUUGUGGAUAACCUGUCUAAGCCUCUUCUAAAUGAACAGCAUUUUAUAGAAUGGCAAAGGAAGAAAUCUGAGCAAGUAAAAGAUACAUAUGAUUAUAUACGACACAAAUAUUCGAAAAUGCUAAAAAACAUUAAAGAAGCAAACACUCCGUUGUGUUUUAAACCUGCAUUACCAGUGAAACUGUCCGGUAAAGAGCAAAAAGAAAUGGAUACGUUUGCUUUAAAGUAUCCAUGUAAAUUUGAAGAUUACACUUACGAAGAGCUCCUUUCUUUGGAACAAAAAGCUUUGGAACAGAGAAGUUCAAUUACUGCUUCUGAUUGGGCGAAAGGCUACAUGGAUAAUCUUUAUAGCAGAAUGCGUAAGAAGUCGGAUUCUGAAGAGUUUCAAAAACAACUUCGACAUGUUUUAAGUGGCUCAUUGUGGGACCUUUCUAUUGCUGAAGAGGAAACUAAGCUUGAUACAGAACUUGCCAAAAAAGUAAUGAAACUAUCUCAGUUUGAAAAGCAAAUGUGCACGCAAAUAAUGGAAACCAAACAGCAAGCACGCAAUUUAGUCAAGAAUAGAAUACAAGCUGAAAAAGAAUUUGCGGAGCAAAGAGAACUACAGUUCAACCAGUUUCUUGAUAAUGUGAAAGAACAAAUACAGCUCGAAAUGGCAGAGAUAGAUUUCGAAAGAGACAGACAAAACAUGCUUCACAAGAAGUUGUAUGCCGAGAAAAUGAGACGAAAGAGAUUGCAUUAUUAUGAAAUUUGCUACGAAACGAUGUUAUCCCUAGUAGACUACGCGACAAAAUACGCAUACUUUAAAAAACUGAUGGGAGGUGAUGACAUUCCAGACCAUUUUAUACACGAAUGGAAAGUUUUGUAUUAUAAACAGCAGCCAAUAUUUGAUGUUUUGGAGCCCCCGGAAGAUAUUUUAAAAGAUCGAACUGAGGAGGAAUCAGCUCCCACAGAAGAAGAAAUCGUUAGACUUGAAUUGGAUCGCCAAGAAGCUUUAAAUGAUAACGAAUUUAAGCUGUAUCAUGAUUAUUCUUAUCCAUGGACGUUAGAUUUAUUAUUACCAAAUUAUGAUCCUGAAUCUGAAGAAAGAAAAUAUGAAUAUUUAGGAAAUCGUAUUUUAGGUCAUAUGGUGUACACUUUGCUGGGAAUGAAAUAUCCUUAUCCACCACCUUUACCACCAGCUAACUUGCCUGCGUACAAAUCCAGAGCUCUUUUGCGCGGGCUUCCGGACAGAUCUAUUACUGUGCCAAUGCAAACUCUCUUGAAAGCAAGAAAAAUUCACGUUGUUCGUCUAGAAACUGCCAUCAACUUUUGCUUGAGAAAAUUUAAAUCUGAAUUGGUAGGUUGUACUGACAUUGAUUUAUCAUUUGAUAAGUUUAUGGCGGCUGCUCCAGAAGAAGAAGACAAAGAACUAAUUAAAUUUAUGAAAAUUGAUGAUGAAGCGAGCAGAAGUAGUGAGCUGGCUGUCAGUUCUAUGCUCGGACAAAUUCCAGCAAAUUCCAAACAGACGCAAACCCCGAAAACAAUACCAGAGGAAGAAAUAAAACUGUCCGACCCUGCCGAACUUGGGAGAUAUGCCUAUGAAUCUUUAGGUAUAGGUGAUCCUUUAACUGACCAUCUUUUAGCGGCAAUGAUAGUUGAAUAUCUCAAAGACCAAGAUGACAUUGAUGGCUUUGUUAUAGUCAACUAUCCAAAUUCUUACCGAGAAGCACAAAUUCUAGAAGAAACUUUUUCUGGCAAUUCACCACCAAAUGAAAGCGAUCUGGAGGAUAGGGAUGACAUUUAUUUAGAAGACAUUAUUCUGAACCAUCGCAAAAAAGAAAAAGAUCUUCAUAAAGAAGUGAGAGUAUCAAGACUCGUAAGUAAUCCUCACAAGAAGAAAGUUGACAAACCUUUCGAAAGUUAUUUCUCUUGCUAUAUACAUCUAAAAGGAACUGAAGACAUUCUUCAGGAACUCGUAAUAUGGGAUUUGACAGACAAUAAUUCUGAGCUAGUCGAUCGAUUCUAUGCUGUACUAGGUCUUAAUUAUAGCAUGUAUUAUGAGGUGAUGGACAAAGAAUUGUUAGCUCAAAUUUGCAAGUAUAUCAUCGGCGAUUAUUUGAUGCCAUUAAAAUCAUGUGAUAGAUUAUUUGGUGAAAACGUUCUCAGCGCCCUAGAAUUCCCAUCUACAGAUGAUAAAAGAACUAAGUCAAAAAUUGUCAAACCAGAAGUUGUGGAUGGCAAAUCAAGAGAUAAAAUGCGUGGUUCUAGAACAAGUAAAAGUUCAAUAGUUCAGUCUUUAGAGGUAGUGAAGGAGCCCUCGAUGGAUGAGUUCCCUGAUGAUGCCGAGCCUGUUAUGGAAGAACUAGCUGGAGAAGAGAUUAUCAGCAAAACGCUUACUAUUGACGAGAUAAAGUUGUUGGCUGGGGAGGAAGAUUGGGAUUAUGGUGAGCUGCCUAUUCCUCAGAUAAUAGGAGUAGCUUUAGCUACUUGUUGGCAAGAAAUCGAGAAAGUAUAUAUCAACGAUAUGCAAGAACUAUUCUUCGCAAAAAGAUUGCAGAUGAACUGUUUGAUACCUUAUGCAAGGUACGUUAAGGACAAAAUGGAACAAAUAAUUACACUGCCCUCUAAUAAACAAGAUCUUGUGUCUCGUUUCCAAAAAGAUUACAACGAUUUUGAAAAUGAUUGGCGUGACAUAAAUUUUACAAAAAAUGAAUGGCACUGUCGUGUGAAAGAGCUACAAGAUAGAUUGUAUCAUAUUUGUGAUGAAAGAAAAUUACACGCUGAACAACAAAGACUCGCUCUCAUAGCUGACAAUUGGACUAUGGAAGAACUGACAACUCUGGUAAACACAUACAUAUCAUGCAUGCAAACAGAGCUUAACAGAUCAAUGCUGACCUUCCAAGCACUUCAUGAUUUUUAUUUUUCCAUGAUUAAGCAUUUACCCACUACGGAAAGGAUAGGAUUUAAAGAAUUAACAAAACUCUUCAGGGAAACUGACGAGACGUCUGGGAGUAAGAAAGGCGGAGAAGAUAAGGUGUUUAGACAGUUAAAAGCUGCAUUCCAAGACCUCCAACUUAAGAAUGUCGAAAUCGAUUUUAAUAAUAAUCCUUUCAACUUGGUUAUUGAGAAUAAUGUAAAAUUUGCUUUAAAAGUUAUAAAAGAAACAAAUGACUCCUAUCGCUCACUAAUAGCAAGGGAGUAUAGCGAAAUAGCUAAAAUGCAAGCACCUAUAAAGAAGAAGGAUGAGAAUGUAUCCGAGGAGUCCGUAUGUGCUGAAGAGGUAUUUAAAGAAAAUGCGUUAAAAUGUAUUGAUGAAUGGACGAUGGGUAUUAAUGGAGAAAUGUUUAGAGCGAACCUGCGAAUGCAAGCUCUUCAAUAUAAAUGCUAUCGCGAUAUGAAACUGUUCAAUGACCAUAUUUAUAAAUCUUUUAUGGAAAUACAAAACGAUAUUAAUACCUAUUAUGUAAAUGAAAUAAAAUCUGUCGAUAGACUUUGUAAAUAUUUACAAAUGGCUGUCGAAAAUGGUAGAAGAAUACAAGAAACACUUGUACUUGAACACGAUACGUUUAUGAUCGAUCCUAAUCUACUACAGUUCGCUCCUCCGGAGCCGCCGCAGGAUACGGGAGAUGCCAGUGAAGUGGUUGGGAAUAUGGAUUUCAAAAUUAGUCAACUAGCCACUCUACGAUCGCAGUUUAAGAUUGUUGCACCAACCGGAAUCAUUUUACAACAAGCUUUUAUUUACCUUCUCCAAGACUUCUUUUUCUUUGGAAAAGAGACUUGCGACGGCCCGCUGUUUCCGGAGGCUUGGAUAAAUAUUAAUCCCGAGGAAGUACCCAAAUUAACAUUCCUCCUAUUUGGGGAUACGGUGUAUGUCGAUUGGCGCGAUUUUCUAAUAUAUUGUCUGAAUAUAAGAUUUCCUGAUGUUGACGAGUUACUGGAUAUCCGCAAACGGUUUCGAUGUCACGAUCGCACAUCCACAGAGUUGAUUAGCCGAGAUGACUUUAUCGCAGAAGAACUUUGGUUUGAACAAGAUUUUGAUCCCGAAAAUAAACACGAGAACUUGAGAAAGAAUUUGAUAAAGCAUUUCUUGUUUGAAUUAUUCGAAACAGAGGAAAACAUGAUGAAUUACUCGGCGUUUUUGUUAGCAUUUUGUAAAAAUCCUGAUCCUAUCAAAGGUUUUGUUACAGCCUUAUCUAUGGCUGUUGGCAAAAAAACUUGCUUUGAGCCCGAAGAGUGUGAAGAAGUUGUUUGUAAAUUAAUUAAAUUCAAACAGUACAAAGAUGAAUGUCUAGCUUGUGCUAACAAAUGCACAAAAGAAUUCAUCGAUGCUAUUUUAAAGAAGGUAGUAGACUAUUGUGAAGGAACCACCAUAAUUGAAUUAGAAUAUAUUCCUCCUCCCGAAGAAAAAGGUAAAGGCAAGAAAGGCAAAGGAUCUAAAGCAAGUUCGAAGAAAAUUGAGUCAUCACAGAGUGCCCGUACGCCGAAAUUGCAGAAGAGCAAUGCUUCUAAAAAUAAGAUGGCGCAAUCCGAGACUAAUGUGAAAAGUACUUUUAUUUGUCGUCCAUGUGAAGAUGAAACUGAGGCUGAAGAGAAGCCGGUGGAGAAGGUCGAGGAGGUGGAACCGGUUAAAGUGGAACCCGAAGAGGAUCCCAACCUGGCGUAUGCUGUCAGCCAAGCAGUUAUUUUGAACGUUUUACGUAUUUGCUUGCCGUGGCAUUAUGUGCUCAUUCCCGAGAAGGAGAAGACGCCAUACGUCGAUCAACUGACAGACGUCUUGAACCGUUUAGCAGUAGAUACGGAUAACGGAGACAUUUAUGUUAGUAGGUUCGUAUCUGAUCCAACUAUCUGCGUGCUUCUCCAUAAAGUAAAAAAAUUCACUGCUCUAAGUAUUGCUGAGGAAGUUAUGAAGGUUUUCUUGUAG